AUGAACUACAUUGGUUCCCUGCAAGAGAGCCUUACAUUUUCUAAUCAAGUAUGCGAUCGACCAAGGGCAUCGAAAGGAAUUUUUAAUCACCUCGACAAUCAAUCGCAAAAUGUUUCUUCUGCUGUUGCUGUUAAAAUUGAGUACAACGAGAAUAUCUCUACCGCUAUCGUUCUCAUAAUAAUUAUUGAUGACAAGGAAUUAUCCUUGCGCUCGUUCUUGCUUCGGUUGCGAGGCUAUGUUGUGCCUACUCAUGGCUCUUUAAUGACAUCGGUGGUGCACUACACUUUAAGACAAAGCACACGGUUCGAAACGAGUGAUUUGGAUAGGCACUUUAGGUAA